AUGAGCUCCCUUCUUGAGCGCGCGACCACGCUCCUACACCGACUCACCCAGGCCGACGCGCUCACGCUCUCGAACCGGCUCAAGCGGCAGCACCUCGGCGGCACGGAGAUGGUCGCCCACCUAUCGCGCACGACCGUCGACGCGAUCGUGCACGAUGCAACGGCACUGCGGACGCACUAUCGGAGCUUACUCGAGGACGAGAAGGUGACGACAUCGUGCACGCGGAGGGACUUGCGCGUGUUGUUCAAGCUCCUAAAGGAGGCAUUCACGGAGAUGGGUCAGAUGCGCGUGACGCUGAACGAGGUGAUAUUAGAGCCGGCAAUUGCGCCGAAGAUAAGCGAGGCAGCCAUGAAUCCAUCCAAGUCGGAGGGUGGCGAUGCGGCGAAGGAGGCGGGAUUCACGGCAGCGAGCUUGAUGGCACCGAUCUCCAAGCUGUUUGGUGGGCCGCAACUGCAGGAAGGAGGGCGACGACCAACGGCGCUGAUGCGGUCGUCGAGCCGCGGGCGGGGCUCAGCCCUGCGACCGCCGGCGAGGUUGGUGCCCAAGUCUGGACCCGCUCUGUCCGCCACGGGGACCACCGUCAACGUCGAGUUUUCCGGCACGGGAGUAGGU